AUUUUUAGGGUUUAAGAUAGGAGCUACAUUUUCCCAAUGGAGGAAUGGCUGACCAAGGCACGCGUGCUGGAAAUCCACGCGACGCGAGGUAAGAUCGGGGCAGUGGCCGUGGAGCCAAUGUCGCAGCCAGCAGCUCCGCCACUCCACAAGCUCCAGCCGAUCGGACUCGCGGAUCUCAAGCCGGGGAAGCAUCACACAGGGUGUGCGCUCUUUGGGACGCUGUGUGGCGAGGCUUUCAAGAGCCAGGGCAUCCACACGGUGCUGGAAGACGCGAGCGAGCGCGCGGUGCUGCUGUCCGUGUACAAUGUGGCGGUCUCUAACACGAGCAAUGCGGGCGUGAAGCAGAGAUUUCCAGUGGGGAUGAGAGUGGCGAUCAAGGAGCCGGUGCUCAAGCGGGAGAAAGGAGGGAUUUUGGUGCUGCGUGUGGACAAUCUUCUCAACAUCGAGAGGGUGUUGGCAGUACCCGACUCGAGCGGUGAGUUUCCAGCUCCCAUCUCCGAGGAGGCCAGCGCCGCGUCGCUGAAGAUGGAAGGCAACAAGCUCUUCGCGUCCAAGGAUUGGAUCGGUGCUGCGGAAGCUUACACAAAGUGCAUCACUCUCAGCUCCAAUCUUCGCGAGGUGAUGGCAGUGGCUCUCUCCAACCGAGCUGAAACGAUGCUGAGGAUUGGAAAUCCGGAGCAAGCGCUCUCUGACUCGAACAACGCGCUCAAGCUGGAUCUCUCCAACGUGAAGAGCCACUGCCGGAAAGCCCGAGCGCUCCACGGGCUCCACGAGUACGAGAUGGCGCUGGCGUGCAUGAAGAAGGCGGCGGAGAUGUCGAGAGAUCAUAUGGGAGGCCUCAUCCAGCAGUGCGAGACGAGUAUCAAGCAGAGCAAGCACGGGAGUUUCGACAUCAGUGGCUUCCUCAUCGCUGGCCGAGCUCGAGACCGAGCUCCCACCUGCGCGGACUACGUCGGCCCCGUGGCAAUCCGGAAGUCCACCAUUGCCUCCGGUCGAGGCCUGUUCGUCACCGAGAGCGUCAAGGCUGGAGAAACGCUGCUCGUCACCAAUGCCUUGGCAGUAGCCUACAGCGAUUCUCCACCGAGCUGCCAGGCGACAUCACUCCAGGAGGACCUGGUGGCCAAGAUCAUGGCGGCAGUGGCAUGCUCGAGGCGGAGUUUCCAGCAGCUGAGCAGCCUCAUGUCGUCGACCAAGAUCCCGUCGCUGGACUUGUUCCGUCCCAACAGCCGCUGGUACUCCGAGACCUUCGACCAGGACAACAAUGGCGACGUCAGGAUCGACACGGACAGCGUCCGCAAGGUGGUGAAGGAGUUCUCGUUCGGCCAGUCCCUGUGGCACAAGCUCGACGGUAUGUGCAACAGCGCCGACGCCAUCCUCAACUCCAAGUCAUGCGGACUGUGGCCGCUGCCGGCUUUCAUCAACCAUUCGUGCUGUCCGAAUGCCGCGCGGCUGGAAGUCGGGCGAGCGCUCUUCGUCCACGCGGCUCGAGACAUCGGCGAGGGGGAGGAGAUCACUCUCCCAUACUUCGACGCGCUGGUGCCGUUCCACGCGCGGCAGGAGAUGUGCCAGCGGUGGGGAUUCCAGUGCCAGUGCCGCCGCUGCUCCAGCGAGCGCGGCUCUCAGAAGGCCUUCCGGAGGAUCAACGAGCAGUUCAACUUCCUCCACGACAAGGCCUUCCGGGAGAUCAACGCGGCGGCGGAGGCCGGGGAGGUGCCCGGUCCUCUCCCGGCGUGCGCGAGCUUCGGGCAGCUAGCCGUGCGGCUCCAGGCGGAGGGAAGCGCGAGCGCGGACACGCUGCUGCGCGCCUCGUACGCGCUGGCCUACUUGGCCGGGAUGCCAUCGUCGGACUUCUUCGAGGAUUUCAUGCAAACGGUGCCGCCAUGGGAGGAUCUGGUGAGCUGCUUGCACGAGACGGUGCCGGGGCACUGGCGAUCGCUGAUAAUGCAGUGCGGGGAAGUGAUGGAGCUGCGGCAGUACUUGGAAUCGUCGGCGGUGGUGAGAGACGAAGGGCCAUUGCGAGUGGUGAGAGAGGUGGCUUACAAGCUUUGCCGGAGUACCUUUGGGAACCAAAGGGCCGAGGUCUUCGAGGCGCUCAUCGCGCAAGCUAGUAGCAUGAGGCCAUUUUAAAAAGGAGAGAGAAAGAGGUUUAUUCCUUUCUUUCGUCAAA